AUGUCGGAGGCCGAGGCAGGUCCCGCUGGGGCCCGGGAGGAUGCCUGUCGGGAUUAUCAGUCAUCCCUCGAAGACCUGACCUUCAAUAGCAAACCGUACAUCAAUAUGCUGACCAUUCUAGCCGAGGAGAACCUGCCCUUCGCCAAGGAGAUCGUCUCUCUCAUCGAGGCCCAAACCGCCAAGGCUCCAUCCUCAGAGAAGCUUCCUGUUCUGUACCUUAUGGAUUCUAUCGUGAAAAACGUCGGGCGAGAGUAUCUCACUGCCUUUACUAAAAAUCUAGUUGCAACAUUUAUUUGUGUGUUUGAAAAGGUGGAUGAAAAUACUAGAAAAAGUUUAUUUAAAUUACGUUCCACAUGGGAUAAGAUAUUCCCAUUGAAGAAACUUUAUGCCCUGGAUGUCAGAGUCAAUUCAUUAGAUCCUGCUUGGCCUAUUCAACCUCUACCCCGCAAUGUGAAUACAUCUAGCAUCCAUGUGAAUCCUAAAUUUUUAAAUAAAUCGCCUGAAGAGCCUUCAGCUGGAAAGAUUCGCCAAUCUGGAUGUAAGCAGUCACAUAUGGAAGACUUUAUGACACCUUCCAGAGAAGAAAGAAAUGCUAAGAGAAGUACUGAACAGGAUGUUCGAGAUCCAAAGCGAAUAAAAAAGACUGAAGAGGAACGACCGCAAGAAACUACAAGUCAGCAUUCUACAAAGUCAGGCACUGAACCAAAGGAGAACGUGGAAAAUUGGUCAAAUUCCAAGUCUAACAAAAGAUGGAAAUCUGGUUGGGAAGAAAAUAAAAGCUUGCAACAAGGUGACGACCAUAGGGAAAGCUGGUCAAGCACUAAAGGAAUUUUGUCACCUCGAGCCCCAAAACAACAGCAUCGAUUAAGUGUAGAUGCCAAUCUUCAGAUUCCUAAAGAGUUAACUCUUGCAAGCAAAAGAGAAUUACUUCAAAAGACGAGUGAACGUUUAGCAUCUGGUGAAAUUACACAGGAUGAGUUCCUUGUUGUGCAUCAAAUUCGACAGCUAUUUCAGUAUCAAGAAGGUGUACGAGAAGAGCAGAGGUCACCAUUCAAUGAUCAUUUUCCACUCAAGCGACCUAGAUGUGAAGAUGCAGAUAAACCAUUUGUAGAUAACCCAGCAUCACGAUUCGUUGGCCUUGAUACAAAUCAGCGACUUAUAGUGUUAGCUGAAGACAGACCAUUAUUUGAUGGACCUAGUAGGCCAUCAGUAACAAGAGAUGGCCCAACCAAGAUGAUUUUUGAAGGACCUAGUAAAUUAAGCCCUAGAAUUGAUGGACCUCCUGCACCAGGUUCUCUUCGAUUUGAUGGGUCACCUGGACAAAUGGGGGGAGGUGGUCCUUUGAGAUUUGAAGGACCACAAGGUCAGCUAGGAGGCGCAUGUCCUUUGAGAUUUGAAGGUCCUCCAGGACCAGUAGGGACACCUUUGCGGUUUGAAGGGCCAAUUGGUCUAAAUGAAGUUGCUGCUCAGCCUCCCACUGAAGAGGAGGAAGAUCAAAAUGAAGAUCAAGAUGUUCCAGAUCUUACCAAUUUUACAAUUGAAGAGUUAAAACAACGUUAUGAUAGUGUUAUAAAUCGACUGUACACUGGUAUUCAGUGUUACUCUUGUGGAAUGAGGUUUACAACAUCACAGGCAGAUGUAUAUGCAGAUCACUUGGAUGGGCAUUAUCGGCAAAAUAGAACUGAAAAAGACGCUAGCAGAAAAGUUACUCAUAGACGUUGGUACAAUAGUUCAACAGACUGGAUAGAAUGUGAGGGAACAGCUGAUUUGGAAGAACGUGCAAAGAGCCAGUUUUUUGAAAAGGUGCAUGAAGAAGUUGUGCUCAAAACUCAGGAAGCUGCUAAAGAAAAGGAGUUCCAAAGUGUGCCGGCAGGGCCAGCUGGAGCAGUGGAGAGUUGUGAAAUCUGUCAAGAACAAUUUGAACAAUACUGGGAUGAAGAAGAGGAGGAGUGGCAUUUAAAGAAUGCCAUUAGAGUGGAUGGAAAGAUUUAUCAUCCAUCAUGUUAUGAAGAUUAUCAAAAUACAUCUUCAUUUGAUUGUACACCAUCUCCCAGCAAGACACCAGUUGAAAACCCUUUGAACAUUAUGUUGAACAUUGUCAAAAAUGAAUUGCAGGAACCCUGUGAAAGUCCCAAAGUUAAGGAAGAACAAAUUGAUACCCCACCAGCUUGUACAGAGGAGAGCAUAGCAACACCCAUUGAGUGGAGAAGAGCCUCUCGGAGCUGCUCCCGAGACAUGGGCUUUACCCGUAGGAGGGUGGCGUGGGCACCUAGUGGGAGGCCAUCAGCAAGUGCCCGGCCUGUCUGUGGCUCUCAACAUCAGUUCCCUUCCUCUCCACGGCAAAGAUGGAAACUGCCCAGUCACGUGGCCUGAGCAAUCCCCUCCCCUUCUUAGG